AUGAAGCAUCUCUUGACCCCCGCCACACCGCCACCGUCCGACGCUUUCGCCGGGGGAGGGCAGGCGAUGCCGUCUGUCUCCAUUCUGGAGGAGUACUACACCAGCAAGAAGGGUCCCCUGUUCGCCACCGCCGUGGUGGCUGGCACCAAUGCCGUUAAGCAGGUGAGCUCGCUCGUCCCCUUUUGCUAUUCGCCGCCGAUCCAACGCUGCUCCUUCACCUUUCGUCGUCGCCAGGUGCUUCAGCCGCCGCGACCGGCGCAGAUGCCGCAUCGGGUGGUGCUGCGUCGCCGUACCUCGGAGCCGGGCCCACCGCAGAGGCGACCGGAGUACAGCGUUCUUUAUUGCUUCUGCACCGUCGCCACAGAGAACAAAGGUGGGGUGGAGAUGGAGGCGCUGACGGGGGCUAUCAUGGCCAGCGUCACACUCUACGACAUGCUGAAGGGCCUCCCAGGCGCGCAGGAGGAUGGGUUGAGCCUGGGGGAGGCCUUUGUACUUGCCAAGCGUGGCGGCCGCAAUGAUUUCACCAAGCUACUCAUGUCUGAGCCGGACCGCCCCCUUGUGGAGAGUGGUAUGCGCUCUGGAGAAGCCACAGUUCAUGCCCUCCCGCCGAGCAGCGGUGCUGUCAGCGGGAGUGGUGAGCUGCUACCUACAAGCACUACACACACAUCACCGUCCACCGCAACCCCUACCGACGCGUCGGGAGCUGCCACCAUGAACGUCGAUCGACGCGCCUCAGCAAAUGUGAAGAAUGCUCGAGCGCAAGGCGAGGAGGCGUCUGAAGAGGUGGAUGAUGAGGAGGAUCACCACCCGAUAGCGAAACGCGUGAUACGCCGUCCAACACCUGCGGCGGCGCCCACCCAUGGCAGCCUCAACAAUUCUGCCGCAACUGGCGAUGCUGACGCGUGGUGGCAUUCGUCAAAGCAUGAGAAAAGGUUGCAGGAGCUCUACCCGCGCCGCAAGUACGGCGACAACGCACGCCUCGUUUCAUCGAGCCCCACACCAAUGGCCGCAGGCGGGUCUGCAGCACGGGCACACACGCGCACCAACGCUUUCGGGACCUCAGACAGCGGCUCCAAGGUGCCUACGACCCCUGCUACCGUUUUGGCUGCUCGGCCAAAGCUGGCGUCCAAGGUGAGUAUGAUUCGUGAUGGACAGGGCUCCAUGACGGGCAAGGGACCCACCUCCGUGGUCGCGUUACGCAAAGCCGCUGGCAGGGCUGGGCCUACAGGCAGCAACGAUGGCGCAGGCGAGGACGAUGAGGAGGACAACAUUGUAGGGAACCGCCACUCGCCUAACCGUUCUCGGCUGGUAAAGAUGUCUGCACGGGCAGGAAAUGUCGUAGCCCAGGCGGCUGAUUAUGACGAUGACAGGCCCGCCGACGCCGCUGAAGCGGAGGAGGCGGAAGACGAGGCGGUAACGACCACAGCCAGUGCAACCGAUCAGGCGGAAGAAGAGGAAGAAACCGCAAUGACAGGAGCCCCCAAAAAGCGUCGGAGCAUCACGGCGGUCGCCUCGGGGCACAGACCUCAGGGCACCGCCGCCACAAAGUCGCCUUUUGGAAAGCGCAGUCCGACAGGACCCCGGCGCUACCUCGCAGAGGUGGAGGAUACGUUGGAGGCGCACUGUGCGUUAGGGGGUGAGACCGCGGAGGGCGAAGGGGCGGGCGAGGAGGAGCGCAUGCCGGCGAAGCCCAGUGCAGUGGCGACCACGCGCAGGGCGCAUGCCCACGGCGGCGUGACGGGAAAGCGGGCUGGCAAGAGCGCUAUCGAAUUCCCCUCACGCAGUGCCGCAGCCAGCGCCCGCAAGCAGCGAGUGGGGGGCGCUGUGCCCAAAAAGGGCCGAGCGUCAGCAGAGACGGACGACGAUGACGAUGCGGAGGACAUUGCCACCCCUGAGGACAGGGAUGACGGCGUGGAGGAGGGCGACGGCGCAGCGGGGGACGAUGAUGGCGGUGCCGCCGCCGCUGCUGUUGCGAGGCGGCAUGGCAAAGCAGCAGCGAAGCAGGGCCGCCCAGCAGCGCUGAGGAAGGGCGGAGCCAUGCGGCCUGUCCGGCACGACUCCUGGGAUACGGGAUUCAGUCGGCGAAGCCGCAGCGAGGAUGGCGGCGACGAUGAUGGUGGGGACGAAGACGCAGUGGAGGAGGAGACCGAGACCGCGGGUGAGGACGGUGGGGCGGCGUGGGUGGACGACAUGGCACCAUCGCCGCCGCGCAAGAGACUGAGGAAGCCGCUGAAGCGUGCAGCACCGAAGAGGCGUUAG